CUUACAAGGAUUUCCUCUCGGUUCAAACGUCAUUAACUCAGUAACUCAGUAAACUCGCCGCCGGCGCUUCAACAAAACCCAGCGCGCUUCUUCUUCUCUGUCUGGACGCAUCUGGGAGUGUAAAUCCAUUCACACACUCACACUCUCACACACGCAGUCUUUUCUUCAACAUUUUUCCUCUUUGCUGUUCGCUGUGAUUGAUUUGCCACCAUGAUGCACUCCAAGUUGAUCGCGUUUGGGAAGAUGCUGGUGCGUAGGCGUGUGCUGGACACCAACGAUAUGGAGACUCGCUUCGCUCGCUGUCUGUCCACUGUGGACCUCAUUGCUCUGGGUGUUGGAGCCACAUUAGGAGCUGGAGUGUAUAUUCUAGCUGGAGAAGUGGCCCGGCAGAAGGCUGGCCCAGCCAUCGUGAUUUGCUUCCUGAUUGCAGCUCUGUCCUCGGUGCUUGCUGGUCUAUGUUACGCUGAAUUCGGUGCACGCGUCCCAAAAACGGGCUCCGCCUACCUCUACAGCUAUGUGACAGUGGGUGAAAUCUGGGCGUUCAUCACUGGAUGGAACCUCAUUCUAUCCUAUGUAAUAGGCACAGCCAGUGUGGCCCGAGCCUGGAGCUCCACUUUCGACAACCUGGUGCAUCAGAAGAUCUCAAACUUUUUCAGUGAAUACAUGUCUAUUCCAUACUCUGGGGACGUGCUGGCGAAAUACCCGGAUCUGUUUGCGCUUUUUCUUAUCUUACUGCUUACUUGCCUGCUGGCAUUUGGCGUGAGUGAGUCAGCCCUGGUGAACAAGAUCUUCACAGGCAUCAACCUGGUGGUGUUGAGUUUUGUCAUCAUUGCUGGCUUUGUGAAGGGCGACACUGCCAACUGGAACAUCACUGAGGAGGACAUCAGAAAUAACAAAAGCCCUUCAGUACCCAAUGGAACGGACUUUGGCACAGGGGGUUUUGCACCAUUUGGCAUGUCUGGGAUUUUAUCUGGUGCAGCCACUUGCUUCUAUGCAUUUGUGGGUUUUGACUGCAUUGCCACCACAAGUGAAGAAGCCAAAAACCCUCAGCGUUCGAUACCGAUAAGCAUAGUGGCUGCGCUGCUCAUCUGCUUCGUUGCUUACUUUGGAGUGUCUGCAGCUCUCACUCUGAUGAUGCCUUACUACAUUCUAAACACUAAGAGCCCAUUGCCCGAGGCCUUUGAAUAUGUGAACUGGAUGCCUGCCCGCUACAUAGUGACUGUAGGCUCCCUCUGCGCCCUUUCCACCAGCUUGUUGGGCUCCAUGUUCCCUAUGCCCCGUGUGAUCUUUGCCAUGGCUGAGGAUGGCCUGCUGUUCCGUUUCCUCUCCCGCAUGCACGAGAAAACGAAGACCCCCAUGCUUGCCACCAUUGUGUCUGGCUUCGUCGCAGCUCUGAUGGCCUUCUUGUUUGAUCUGGCCGCAUUGGUGGAUCUGAUGUCCAUUGGGACCCUGCUGGCUUACACACUCGUGGCAGUUUGUGUGCUCGUCCUCAGGUAUCAGCCAGACAGCCUGAAUUCCAGCGCUGAGAAAAAGUCGGUGGAGCUGCAGACACUGACAGAAAGGGAGAAUAUGAGCGAGCUGGAGAAAAAGCCACUUAAUGAGAUGUUCUCCCCCAGACAUCUGCUUCUGCCCAGCUCUGAGUCACCCACCAAGACCUCAGGCCUCAUUGUCUAUGUCACCACAGCCGUUACCUGUGUGUUUUUCACCAUGCUGUGUGUAGUGUUGGCAGUGUGGGGUGAGAACAUCAUAGAAGGGCAGCCUGUAUGGGUCACUGUAGUGACUCUGCUCAGCAUCGCCUCUGCCAUCUGCGUUGUCAUCAUCUGGAGACAGCCCGAGAACAACGAGGCCGUCAGCUUCAAGGUGCCUAUGCUUCCCAUCUUGCCUUUGAUUAGUAUUUUUGUUAACAUCUACCUCAUGAUGCAGCUGGAUGGACGAACAUGGAUUCGUUUCGCAGUGUGGAUGGUCAUUGGCUUUUUGAUUUACUUUGGGUAUGGAGUCAGGAACAGUGCAGAAGCCAAACAGAAUUCGGAGGCUGUUCUGGAAGAAAAGCGGACGAUAUAUUCUUGUAAAAAUACCAGUGAAUUUGAAGGAAGUGCAGCCUAAGAAGAAGGAGGAAAAUAUAGUGUACAGUUUACAACGGGAUUUGUGAAACCUUCCACACAUGCCCCAUCCAUUGCUUUUUAACCGGCAGAUUGCCUUAUUUAUUGUGUAAAUGAGCUGUUUCUCAUCUCAUGAGCUGUACCUGUGGUAUGCUACAUUUGAAUUUUCAAGCUAACAGAAAACUCCACCCUGAUUAGUGAUAUGAGGUGCAUAACAAUAUUUCUAAUAAUAUGUGAUCUUUAAUGGUGCAAAAUAUUUAUUUUAUAAUUCAAUUCUGAGUUGACUUAUUUUGUUUUGAGCUGGAAAAUAGUGACAAAAGAAAUUCUCACUGUUUUGUUUUUUGGAGCUAAGAGCAAAAUCUGACCGUUAUCACUUAUGCUUUUUUUUAAAAUUAUUUUUAUUUCUCCUAUUAAGCGCCAUUGCAAGUGCGAUAACAAUGUCCCCCUGUGAUGUCAGCAUGGCACACAACCACUAAAUUCUCGUAGGAAUAACAAAAAUACAGCACCAACCAACAAAUUAGCACCUGAAUCACUAAGCACGGUAUUCCUAUAUAUUUUGUUUAAUUACACAAAUAUUUAUGUAUGUAUACAUAUAUUAUUUAUGUAUGAAAACGAAGUGUUGAAUAUAAUUUAAUUGUGAGCCACCACGUUAUUUGUAAGAAACUGAAGUGUUUUUAAGUCUUGGAAUUGUAGGAAUAUACACCUGGUGUGGGUGAGUCAUGGACGUUUUUUCCAGCAGUGUUCAGCCUUACUCUUGGAAACAUGUUACACUGUCAGUGCUGUUUUCUGUAAGCCGGGAUUUUGGAUGUUAGGACCACCUUAAAUCCACAGUGGACCAUUAUUAAUUAGAUGUUUUUCAUUAUUUACAAAAAAUGAAAGAUUUCAUCAGUACUAUUCAUUAGUCCUGUGUUAGCUGCUGUGAAUAGUAAUACAACCAUAAACAAAUGUGUAAUAUUUACACAAUCUUGUUUUGUAGAAUAAUAGGUGUUCUUUGUAUUUCAGUUUAUUUAUGUUUUAUUUUACAUUCUGAACAGAGUCUUAAUGCUUUGUUGUUGCUGUUGUUGUUUUUCCUUUUUUGUUGUUUAUUCUAAUGAAAAUUUAAGUAGUUUUUUGUUUGUUUGUUUAGUUUGUAUUAUUAUAUAGGGACCAAAUAACUGCUGUAUCUAUAAGUAAUUAUUCUGUAAAUAAUUACUGUAAAAAAUGUCCUGUAUAUUUUGAUUUUUUUUUUAAAAUAAAUUCGAUAAAUACAA